AUGGAGCUGAAAAGUAAUACUUCUGACAACAUUUCACGCAUAAAAUACCUCUCAAAACUGUUCAAAAGCUUACCCGAUGAUCUCCCUCUGAACCCCGCUAGCUCUCGGUACAGAUUUGGCUUGGACGGCGAGGAACUUGAAGAAAAUGGCCACUGGUAUGCUCUCAAUCACAACCUGGAAAUUUGCUUCCAGACCCACAAUCUCCGAGGUGAACCACUGAAGAUCACUGAGCGUGGGAAGAGCCUGGAUACACUGUUGAAGAUGCUGCAAGGCGGGAUGCGAGAGGCUCCAGGGGAUGCCGAGUUGAUAAUGAAUUGGGUCGAGAGGUUGAUUGCCGCAGCUAUGGUGUCCGGGGCUAAGAAUAAGAGAGGGCCAACGCGGAAGGCACGAGAUCGGUCGCCUGUCAAAGGGACAGCUGUAACGCCCAUCACCAUCGUCAACGACACAGACACAUCAUCCGACACCGAGACAAUGGCCCCUCACGUCCAUUCCGAGCCUCUGCGCGCGAGAGAAACUGCCAAGCCCAAGAUGCCGAGGCUGGUUGCACUGGAUGACAGCGAUGAUGAACAUGAUGGAGAUGAUGUUGAUGAUGGUGAAUUGCCCAAGCCAGUGCGGAAGAGACAGUCCACCCUUUUCGCAUUUUCUGGGUUCAAGAAGCUGAGCAAGGCUGAGGCUGAUGAACAGAAUAGGAGAGAGAUGGCAGAGACGAGACAGGAGGCAGAGGAUGAGCGAUUUAGAGAAGCCAUGGUCCGGAAUCUGAGAGAGACCCAGAAGCGCGAGGGUGCACGAGAGAGGAAGAGGAAAAGCCGAUUCAGCAAGAAAGCGAAAGAGAUACGGAGUGGUAAGAGGAACUCAGCGGGGAAAAUCAUGAAAAAGAUGGUUCUCGGCCAUGAAACCCCGGCUGCUGGUGUCCCCGAUCUCUCUGAUCUUGCUGAACUGUCAAGGCCUGGCAAGAUAUGGAAGAAGGGUCGUAAUGGGAAGUUGAAGGGCACAAUUCAGAAUCGGCACUCGUGCACAAACUGGUAUCAUCCAUACCUUUGGGUUCACAUCAACAAUGUCGCCUCUCGAGUCGCGUGGUCACCUACAUUCAUUGUUAGCACGCUGCAGAAAGACCACCCGAGCCUUUUUGCAAAGCUCCAUCGGGGAACUGUUUUUAAGUGGAUUUCCAAGAAGGGAAAGAAGUGGUUGAAGAAGACAGUCGAGAAUGUUGCACGUCGCAGUGUCCUUGCCCGUACUGGCCGCGUUGGGAUUCUCUCGCCACAUCGGGAGAUUGUCGAGGAGCGCGUGACAAAGCAUGCUCUGAAACAAGAGUCUCUCAACUUUUUAGUUGAAUCACACCGUCAACAGCUAGCCGGUGGUCUAAAACCUGAAGCUGUCCGAUUCACUCACUCCCUACCCGUUCUUCGGGAUGCCACAGUUGCUCCUGCUGUCCAUGUUUAUGACAUGUUCAAGCAGGGUAAGGGCCCAGAGCUUGUUCGCAAGGCUUGGUCAAAAUGCCAAGUAAAACAGUGGUGCCUCUCUCCUGAGGUCAUACAGCACCAAGACACAAAGGCGGCCUUGCAGAAGUACCUUCAAGACCACCCCACAUUCAAAGCCGAGAUUGAUGCAAAGAUUGGCGAUGUUUAUGGCAUUGACUCCGAACAUGUCAACCCCGAAGAUGACUUCAACAACGAAGGUGCCGACAUGGAUGAUUCCGAAGUCCCGAUUGGUUCAGUUAUUCAGGAGGCACUCGGAAACGGGUUGGGUUGCAUGCCCUUCUCAGCAGCAGGCCAUGGUAUUGCAUCUUCCGAGCACACUGCGGUCCAUGAUGGUGGUUUCUUGCGGGGGUUGGCUGAGGGGGAUGAUAUUUGGGCUUGGAAUGUGGAUGGUACUCGCAUAAGCACUCUACCUUAG